GGGAGGUUGACGUACGUGCUUGUCAAUUAUUAUCUGACCUCAUCGUUUAUCGUUUUAAUACUUUACGUUUGAAACCUAGAAGCAAUGAAAUACUACUCAAGUUUCGUUUAAUCUCUCGUUGGUGUGUGUUCGUAUAUCUUUACGUGUGGCUAAUUAAAUUGAUUAAACCGUUGCAGCGGCGUUUUUGAUUUCGCCGGGUUUAAACUUGUAAUUUCUUGGAUAAAGUAUAAUGUUUUAAAUAUUAACGUAAGUGUUCGUUUUUGUGUUUAAAAUGGGAGCCCAUGUAUCGCGAAACGAUUUUGAGUGGGUACAUACGGAGGAGCCUCACGCUAGCCGGCGGAAGAUUAUUUUAGAAAAAUAUCCAGAAAUAAAGAAGCUGUACGGCUACGACCCGCUGUUCAAAUGGGUUGUGUUGUCGAUGGUUCUGAUGCAGCUACUCGUGCUGCCGCUGGUCAAGUACAUGAACUGGCCAGUACUACUCCUGGUUGCAUAUUGCUUCGGUGGUGUCAUCAAUCACUCACUCAUGUUAGCUAUACACGAGAUCGCACAUAACCUAGCUUUCGGCCACAAUCGGCCGCUGCACAACAGAUUGUUCGGCUUCUUCGCUAACUUGCCUAUUGGCGUACCUGUGUCUAUCAGCUUCAAGAAGUAUCACUUGGAACACCAUAGAUACCAAGGCGAUGAAGUGAUAGAUGUGGAUCUACCCACAUUAUUGGAGGCAAAGUUGUUCUGCACAACUGGAGGGAAGUUGUUUUGGUUGUUCCUUCAGCCGUUUUUCUACGCGCUGCGGCCGCUUGUGGUGAGGCCGAAGCCGCCAACGCCGCUUGAGAUGAUCAAUUUAGUUAUACAGCUGUUCUUUGAUGCGGUUGUUGUUGAACUUUUUGGCUGGAGGGCUCUAUGGUACUUGUUAUUGGGAUCAUUCAUGGCGAUGGGAAUACAUCCUGUUGCAGGUCACUUUGUGUCGGAGCACUACAUGUUCCGCAAAGGCUUCGAGACGUACUCGUACUACGGCCCGCUGAACUGGAUCACCUUCAACGUGGGCUAUCACAACGAGCACCACGACUUCCCCGCAGUGCCCGGCCGCAGGCUGCCAGAGGUUAAACGCAUAGCAUCCGAGUUCUACGACGACCUGCCGCAUCACACGAGCUGGUCCAGUGUGCUGUACGACUUCGUGAUGGACCCCGACAUAGGACCAUACGCACGGAUAAAGCGUAAGCACUUCGGAUUGAAGAGCUAGGUCACAACACGGUCAGCAGACAGAUCGAUUAGCGAUAUCGUUACUGGAAUCAAAAUGUAUGAGUACACUUUUUAUAGUAUAAGGUAGCAAAUUAACAGGUCACUAUUCGCCAAAAUAGCGAAGUCACUGCGCCUGAUACAAUUAUCAGGCGCAGUGACUUUGUCAAGACAAGGUCACAUCGAAAGUUGUCAGUAUAACAUUUUUGACUUUUCAGCGAUAUCGUUAAUCGAAUAUUAUGUCUAGGGGACUAUUAGAGCGGGCACCUUUGACUAAACUAUGGCACAAACGUUGUGCGAUUGUCGCUUUAGCAGCAAAAUCGACUUUUUGUUGGACAAUUAAAAAACGGGUAGUUUGCGCACCUCAAUAUAAGCUUAUAGGAAUCAAAGCGAGACUAAACGGUUGUGCGAUAGUUUAUUCAAAUGUGUCUUAUGUAGAUAGAAAAUUCACAGUCAUUAUAAAAUUAUUGUAUUAUUUUUAUCAAAUAAAGAAAAAUAAGCGAACAAUCUUUUUUCGCCAUCAAUGACUCCACUAAUAUUAGAUGUCCGCUGUUUUUUUUAAUACACUUUUAUUUAAUUUAACUACGGGUUAUUUAUGUAUUAUUCUCUUAAUUGGUUUGAAAUUCACAAAAUUAUCAACAUAAUCGAUUUUUUUUAAAUACAUACUUUAGAAGUUUUUUUUUGCAAUUGAAAAAA